UUCCCGGCAGCGUCAGUCCGUCACAAAGAGCGACAGGGUUGGGUGGGUCGUACAGUGAGCCGAGGGUGAGAGACGAAGCCCUGUGGUUACGAGAUCAGAUCUGAUGCAGUCGUGUUGAUCCCGGACUAUUUGUAUUGACAGUAGAUCUCCUUUCGUUUGCUAGUCGAAGUCCGGUGCGAAGCCGGUCGUUCAGUGCGCGACCACAGUACAAAAGACUUUUGUGAUAUUUUUCUAGUACAGUUCCGUAGCGGAACUAUUUAACUUCUCGUACUUUAAAGUGUACAAUAUAAGUAAAAAUUUGGAAAACAUGGAAAUCCUGCCGGUUACGAGUCAGUUUAACGUCGGAUUCAGUAGUGAAAAAGCAUGGAGUGGGCCAACGUGGCGGGAAGCGACCGUGCCGAUCCCGACGGAGGCGGCGCUGGCUCAGAAACUGGAGAGAGAGCUCCGCGCGGCCAAGGGUGCGAGCGAGCUGGCCGCAGCAGAGGUUCUGGUGCCGGCUGAGCUGCUGGCGAGGGCCGCGCGGCAGGCGCUGCACCUGGCCGAGGGGGAGCCCUGCGGGUCACGGGGCGCAGCCCUCAUAGUGGACGUGGCAGGGCGCCGCCUGGCCGCCUUCAAGAUAGACCCCAACACGCUCACCACGCACGAGAUACACCUGCACCUGGAGCAUGACGCCACCAACUGGACGAGCCUGUUGCCGCAAUUCUUAAAAAACUUAACCCGAGGCGGCACCAUCAUCAUCAGUCCCCAGUUCACGAUAGAAAAGAAAAAACUGUUCCGGAGCCAGUCGGAGUGAGACUGGUGCAGAGUACCGCGCGGGCGAUCAACCGCCCUCCUCGAUAUGAUCUACGUAUCGUUAUUUUAACAAAUAUCAAUAUUAUUAUAUGUAUAUUAAUUAUAAUAUUUUUAUUAAGAGAAAAAAAAGCACAGCGUGAUAUGUAAUGUAUAGUUGUAGAAUAAGCGCGCAAAAGCGCAUAGUCUCGCACUGAGUCGCGCCGCAGUCGGCGAGUCGCGCGCGAUGCGACAUGCGCUUUGUGUCGGCAAAGCGUCGAGGGUCUAGUCGCGCGACUCGGACGACGCGGCGCUGCUCGGCGCGUGUGCGACGACACGCGGUCGCGAGCGCUGAUCUCUGACCUGCUCCUAACCCAGCCCUCUCCCGAAGCCCUCGACCCUCGCCCACCGGAGCGCUCGACCGCGGGUCGCCAGUGCAGUGUUAAUCGUUGUUCGUAUUCUAUGGUUGAGUCCGUGUGAACGAGUGAAUGUCCGUGAUGGCGCGACGGCGGAGUGCGCCCCGCGACUUAGAUCUCAGGCGUCGUCGCGCAAGUGAUACUGAUUGAGAAUCGAUCCCGCGAGGUGAUCGAUUAGUGUUACGUAUUAUUUUUGUUUAGAGUUCGAUUCUAUUCUCGAGUUGUGUAGAGUUUGUAUAUUACUUGUAUUUAAUAGAGGCGACCUCCCUCGAGGUCAGAUAUGUGUACGUCGUCGUAAUUGUACUAGGUCGUACAUUUGUUUGUGAUACUACUUUUGUAAUGUAAAAUUUAAUGGAAGAUAUACUUUAAAGAGAGCGCGCAUGCAAUUGUAAUGUUGAUUGAGUCUGUUGGAUGAUGGAUGGAUGGAUGGUCCGUCGGAGGCAAUAAGUGGAUGCGCGGUCAUCCGCGUUCUAAUAUACUGCAAAGAUCUCAGGUUAUAUAAUUAUAGUUAUAAACAAGUAUUAAGUUAUUUAAGUUAAUAUAAAGAUUGUAAUUUUUAUAAGAUUGUUUUCUAUCGGCGCGAACCAGCGCUAUCAUAGUCCAGUGUGUUAAGAGAGAAAUUUGUACUAACAGUAUCUAUAAUUGACGAGAUGUUAUCGAAAUCAUUUGCAUCCAGUGUAAAUUACUGUGUAGCUACAUUUAAUACAAUAGAGUAACAGUUUUAUUGAAAUCUAAAUGUCUUUAUGGUCCAGUGUUGUGAAUGCACAAUGUUCUAGAACAAAUCACUCAUGAAAUUGUUAAAUAAGCCACAAACAACAGAACCACAAAGUUAACAACUCAAAUGGUAUAUCGAUUGUUUAUAAUUGAUAUUUAUUUCAUAGACUGUAAAAUUUGUAGAAAUUUAAAAAAAAAUAUAGUUUCAAAAAUUUA